GUUUUUAAAUAAACUUACUUUAUGAAAAAAUGGUUUAGGCUACUAUGUGUUCGAACAUGAAAACCCAACAAACAGGAGUAGCUUUUACGAACGACUUCAAGCUGAUUUUGUCUACUUAAUGCUGCAAGCAUGGCGAGGUUUUGGUAGUUUCACACCAAAACUUUGCAGUUGCGCAACUAAACGGCAAAUGACUAGCACCAUGAUACCCGCAUAGUUGUGAAUUAGUUUGGUGCUUUCAACUGUGAACUUGAAUUGAAACGGAAAAUUGAAGCUUUGUUCAUGCGAAAGACUGUUCAGGAGCGACGUUUUGGUUCAUGCAAUAAAUCUUGGAUAUGCAACACUGCACCUGUAGAGCGAAAGGGGCUGCUCGUUUUCAUCGUUACUCAGGGAAAGUAUUUGAUUGGUUUUCUUGCCGGCUUAAUUGGGUCUGAACCUGUUGCUAAUUUAUAUUUUAAAAGCUGGAAAAAAAAACCGGCGCAUCUUAGAGCCUGUCCAGAUCCAGGGUUGCAGGCCCGUAUAAUAAACCAACAGUUUCGGAGGACAUUAUAAAACUAAAACGUUUCUGGUUUGGGCAUCCAGUUGGAAACAUUAGUAUGACAGCGAGCAUGAUCCUGAACCAGGAGAACCUGGCCUCUUUGGAGUCAUGGGUGCAAAGGACUGCCAUCAAACUAGUCCAAGUCAACGGUCAGCGGAAGUAUGGCGGGCCACCUCCCGACUGGACCGGUCCGGCACCAGGACCCGGGUGCGAGGUCUUCAUCAGCCAGAUCCCGCGGGACAUCUACGAGGACAAGCUGAUCCCCCUCUUCCAGAGCGUGGGCCCGCUCUACGAGUUCCGCCUGAUGAUGAACUUCAGCGGCCAGAACCGCGGCUUCGCCUACGCCAAGUACCGCGACCCGCAGAGCGCCGCGGCCGCCAUCCGCUGCCUGCACCAGCACCAGCUCCAGCAGGGGGCGCCGCUGACCGUGCGCCGGAGCACGGAGAAGAGGCAGCUCUGCCUGGGGGACCUGCCCGCCGGGGUGGACCGGGAGAGGCUGCUCCAGGUCCUCCGCGGCCUGUCGGAGGGGGUGGAGUCCGUCUCCCUGAAAUUCGGGAAGGGCGGGAAGAAGGUUACCGCCAUCGUGCACUACACCUCCCACUACAACGCCUCCAUGGCCAAGAAGGUCAUUUGUGAAGCUUUUAAGAGGAAAUUUGGAAUAAUCAUCACGGUGAAGUGGUUCAGCUUCUCCAACAAGCCCAAGCAGGACGAGGACGAGGAUGAAGAGGCGGGGGAACCCUUCCCUGCCACGAAGGGCUUCCCCAAACCGUGUCCUCUGCCGCCCGUCCGCCCCCUGGAUCGCGACCGCCCCCCUCCUCCGCCCCAGGAGAACCUCCUGAGCCUCCUGACCCCCGGCUUGUCCCCGGUCGCCGGCUGCCCCCCUCCCGCGCCCAGGCGGGACGUCCCGGCGUCGACGGACGCCGUGGCCCUUCUGCUGCGAGUCUGCGAGGUCUUCAAAGUGGGGCCCCCCCUCUACGACCUGCAGUUCCUCCACGCCGGCGCCGACGGCUUCCUCUACUUCGCCUACAGGGUGCUGAUCCCUGGGCUCCCCGUGCCCUUCAGCGGCGUGGCCCAGAUCCUGCCGGGCACCAGCGCCCCCUUGCUGCGGGGAGAGGUACAGCGGGUGGCUGCCGAACGCAUUCUCAAGCACCUCGCUCAGCCCUGACGCGCACGUCCGCGCCCGCGCCCGCCCGCGUCCCCGAAUUUUUACCGUUUGCGUUUACGGUUCACCAUUUGUGUGGUCUUUCAGUCUGUGGUCGUGUUUUAUUUUUUUUUUUAUUAUCGUUUUAAUUUUAAGUAACAGAUUUUAUUUGAAAUACUUGCACUCCUCUGUGUUGUGUAAAUGAGAGAUGGCUGUUCCUCAGUUGGAAGACUAAUGUACUGUGCAGGGAGCAGAUGAGGCCAGACCCUGCGACAUGACUUGCUCUGGUAGCCAGAAGCGCCCUUCUCUGGGCUGGUGUUAUUUUUAUUUUCUUUUAUCUUUUGCACUUCUGUAUAUAGUUUAAUUUUCCACACAAUUACCUUUUUCAUGACACUGGAUUGUUUUAACCAUUAUGCACUAAAUAGAUUAGGAAAUGUGUUGAGCACUGUCUAUUUGUUUUUUUUUUUUUACUUGUUCUCAUUAAAAUGAGAAAUUGUUGCACGAAAACUUCUCAUCCUUUUG